AACGGGAGCAGAGAAGAGUCGAGCAGCGUGGAGAUGUCGGACCCGGCGGCGCAGGCCUUACAACCCCGGCUUCUCCAAGCCCAGUCAGCUGGGUCGGCUGGGUCCAGUGCUGCCGCGGCAGGCUCCGGGGCGGGCACCAGUGACCCGUCCAGACCGGGACUUAGCCAGCAACAGCGUGCGAGCCAGAAGAAAGCCCAAGUCCGGGCUUUCCCACGGGCGAAAAAGCUUGAGAAACUUGGCGUAUUCUCCGCAUGCAAGGCUAAUGACACAUGCAAGUGCAAUGGAUGGAAGAACCCAAAUCCGCCAACAGCCACUCGUAUGGACCUGCAGCAGCAGGCAGCCAGCCUCAGUGAGCCGUGCCGCAGCUGUGGACAUGCUCUGGCUGAUCAUGUUUCCCACCUGGAGAAUGUGUCAGAGGAUGAAAUUAACAGGCUGUUGGGGAUGGUGGUGGAUGUGGAGAACCUCUUCAUGUCUGUGCACAAAGAGGAGGAUACAGAUACCAAACAAGUCUACUUCUACCUUUUCAAGCUGCUGAGGAAAUGCAUCCUGCAGAUGAGCCAACCAGUUGUAGAGGGGUCUCUGGGAAGCCCACCCUUUGAAAAGCCCAACAUUGAACAGGGAGUUUUGAAUUUUGUUCAGUACAAGUUCAGCCACCUGGCACCAAAGGAAAGGCAGACCAUGUUUGAGCUUUCAAAAAUGUUCCUCUUGUGCCUAAAUUACUGGAAGCUGGAAACGCCAACACAGUAUCGUCAACGCACUCAGAAAGAUGAUGGGACUGCAUACAAAGUAGACUAUACCAGGUGGCUCUGCUACUGCCACGUCCCCCAGAGUAACGACAGCUUACCACGCUAUGAAACCACUCAGGUCUUUGGACGCAGCUUGCUCAAGUCUAUCUUUACUGUGACUCGACGGCAGCUUCUGGAGAAAUUCAGAGUGGAAAAGGAUAAAUUGCUACCAGAGAAACGCACUCUCAUCCUCACACACUUCCCCAAGUUUUUGUCCAUGUUAGAGGAGGAAAUUUAUGGUGAGAAUUCACCCAUCUGGGAGGCUGACUUCAUCAUGCCUGCAUCUGACGGCUCACAGCUCGGACAUCAGACGGUGAUCAGUCCAGCUGCUGUGUCUGGAUCUCCUGCUCUUGCCAAAGGUCUGAGUAGUGGUUCAUCUCUGGGCAGCAUGGAGGCUGGAGGUACAGAACCCAUCACAGGAGAGAAGCGUAAACUUCCAGAGGCGUUGACCCUGGAAGACGCCAAGAGGAUCCGUGUAAUGGGAGACAUUCCUAUGGAGCUGGUCAAUGAAGUCAUGAUGACGAUCACAGACCCUGCUGCAAUGCUUGGACCAGAGACUAACCUGCUGACGCCAAACGCUGCCCGUGAUGAGACUGCCAGGUUAGAGGAGAGGCGGGGCAUCAUCGAGUUCCAUGUCAUUGGAAACUCACUUUCCCAGAAGUCCAACAAGAAGAUCCUGAUGUGGCUGGUUGGCCUACAGAAUGUCUUCUCUCAUCAGUUACCCCGCAUGCCCAAAGAGUACAUUACACGACUGGUGUUUGACCCGAAACACAAGACCCUCGCCCUUAUCAAAGAUGGCCGCGUCAUCGGAGGCAUCUGUUUUAGGAUGUUUCCCACUCAGGGCUUCACAGAGAUCGUCUUCUGUGCCGUCACAUCCAAUGAGCAAGUGAAGGGCUAUGGUACCCACCUGAUGAACCACCUGAAGGAGUACCACAUCAAACACAACAUCCUGUAUUUCCUCACCUACGCAGACGAGUACGCCAUCGGCUACUUCAAGAAGCAGGGCUUUUCCAAAGACAUCAAAGUGCCGAAGAGUCGAUACCUGGGAUACAUCAAAGACUACGAGGGAGCCACCCUCAUGGAGUGCGAGCUGAACCCCAGAAUCCCCUACACUGAGCUGUCACACAUCAUCAAGAGGCAGAAGGAGAUCAUCAAGAAACUGAUCGAGAGGAAACAGAGCCAGAUCAGGAAGGUUUACCCGGGUCUCACCUGCUUCAAGGAGGGAGUUCGGCAGAUCCCAGUGGAGAGCAUUCCAGGCAUAAGAGAAACCGGCUGGAAACCUAGCAACAAGGACAAAGGGAAAGAGGUGAAGGACCCUGAUGUGUUAUAUAACAUGUUGAAGAACCUCCUGGCCCAGAUAAAGACUCACCCUGAUGCUUGGCCCUUCAUGGAACCAGUGAAGAAGUCGGAAGCUCCAGAUUACUAUGAGAUCAUCCGCUUUCCCAUCGACCUUAAGACAAUGACUGAGAGGCUGAAGAACAGAUACUACGUGACUAAGAAGCUUUUUAUCGCCGAUCUGCAGCGUAUCAUCACAAACUGUCGGGAGUACAACCCUCCGGACAGCGAGUACUGCAAGUGUGCCAACACCCUGGAGAAGUUCUUCUACUUCAAAUUAAAAGAUGGAGGCCUGAUCGAGAAAUGAACUGGAGCGCAGAAUAGUUUCCAGAUUACAUAAAAAAAAAAAAAAAGAGGAGGAUCGACUUUUACAGCUGCCACAGAUCACAAAGAAACCAUUAUUAGCUGCUGUCAUUUAAGGGCAACAACAAGGGAACAGAUGGACUUGAACAAACUCGGAGAACCGUUUGGAAAUAUCAGAGCCAGUUGAGCUCCGCAAAGCAUCCGACGGCAUUACCUUUUCCCCUUAAACUUAACUCAUACACGUCAUUAAGUGUACCAAAGUUAUAGGUCCAAUUGAAAUCGACGCCAUCGUAGGUUUUUCGUUAUCGACAUUCGUUCAUUCCAGUUUUGUCACGCAGAUGUAUACGAUGUAGUGUAGAGUACUUUCACAGGAAACUGGACCUCGGGACCUAAAGCCACGUUGCCUUCCGUUUCUGACAGACACUUGAACAUCCCGCCACUUUCAUGGGUACAAAUGGUCUUUGAGAGUCGAACACACGAUGCUGAAAGAUCGGCAGCGCUUGGAUUCAAUCCGUUUAAACAGACAUUUCCUCAGACAAUAAUAGGGCGUGUUGUUUUUUUUUUUCUCCGGUUCCGUAUGUUUGAAUACUGUCCUUUUUGUCUGGACAGUGUUUUAUUAAAUUAUUCUGGCCCUGGUUAUAAGUAAACAAAUAAGUCUGAAACAAUAACCACAUAUUUAUGUAAAAUGAAAACAACAGUUGGAUACUAAUGAUGGACUGGGUAUCGAAUAAUUCACUCGUUCCCCCAAUCGUUGCCUUCAGGAAAACAGUUGUUUUCAUGUCGACAACAUAUCGGAUGCUUAUUUAUACAGUAAAUAUGUUUAUGCACCAGUUUUCAUUCGCGGGGGUUUUAUUCCAGACGACAUUAGCAUAACGUUACCCUGUUCGGAGUUGACAGUUGUUCAGUUUGAUAGAUUCAGUAGUGCAGUCACUUCCACGUGUAAGCUAACUAGUCUGUUUAGUGUAAAACCACAAUGUUGUGGUGGUCACAGGUUUACCGGGUACCGGAUAGUUAAUUUUUUUUUUGAUGUAAACUGUCCGAACUUCACUCUGGGCUUUUGGUUGUAGUCAAAAGAAGGCAGAUCUGUCUUAUUUAUCACUCCAUAAACACACUGUAAUGGAUGUUAAUGCAUGUCAGACAAGUGCAAAAAUUCACAUGAAAACAACGUCAAACCCACAUUGUGUUACCGUUCGGUUAUACAAAGUUCCACUCGUCGUAAAGGAACCCUUUUUGUCCAGAGGGGAGUGUCAAAUGCCGUGCUUCCUCAGACUCAUCCACUUCUUAAUGGAAGUCACUGUCCAAUGCUGGUUUGAGCCUGCUGGUCGACUGGUCCGUUCACUCGUGCGUGUUUGUGUGUGAAUGUUUGUUUUGUACUUGAACCAUAUGACUUGCUUUGAUUUACUGAAGUGAUGUCAGUGUUGCAUUAUUCAGGGUUGUCACUUGCGUACUUCUCCCUCAGUCUACCUAUGCUGCAUUUCAGAUUUUCUUAAACAGUCAGUCUGAGCGACCCUUCCACCUGUUCGAGGACGGCUACUGUCUUUAGUUAUGGUAUAAAUGACAUUUACUGUAACUGUAAUACUGUCCAUGACAAUAAAGGGUUUUUUU